AUGUCCGACCCGCUCCUCUUCGAAGACACCUUCACGAUCACCUCGAUCAACGCCCAGAAGUAUGACCGCGUCUCCCGUCUUACCUGCAACUCGAACGAUGCUUCCCUCACCUUUACCCUGGAUGUGAACACUGAGUUGUACCCAUGCGCGGUCGGCGAGUCGCUGUCCCUCGCUCUGGCCUCGACUCUCUCUCUUGACGGCAAGGAGGACACCCGCGCCAGCUGGAGGGAGGUCAGCAUGGGUGAUCAGACCCUAGCGGAUGACUACGAUUAUGUUUGCCACGGCAAGGUGUACCGCUUCGAGGAGGGUGCCACUAAGGAUACCAUGGCUGUCUUUGUGUCCUUUGGAGGUCUUCUGCUCUACCUGGAAGGACCUUACAAAAAGCUUGCUCCGUUGAGAAUCGAUCACGUGUACUUGCUGCUUAAGAAAUAA